CUUUCCUGCAGCAGGAGCAACAGAAGUUCAACCUGGACCGCUUCACGAAGAAACUAUCUGCUCCAAAUUCAAACUGACAAUGCUUUAUUAUCCACUUCCGCUGACAUAUAUCUGACAGCCAACUAGUUGUCAUUGAAGGAAACAUUUCCGAGUAAUGACAAUGUUGGGUAUGUAUGUGCCAGACAGAUUUUCCCUGAAAUCGUCAAAGGUCCAGGAUGGAAUCGGUCUGUACACGGCGAGGCGAGUGAAAAAGGGAGAAAAGUUUGGCCCCUUUGCAGGUGAGAAAAAGCUGCCUAGUGAGCUGGAUGAAAGCUCGGACACCAGGCUUAUGUGGGAGGUCCGUGGCAGUAAAGGAGAUGUGUUGUAUAUUCUGGAUGCUAGUAACCCACGCCAUGCCAACUGGCUGCGGUUUGUCCAUCAGGCGCCUUCACAAGAGCAGAAGAACUUGGCAGCCAUACAGGAUGGGGAGAACAUCUUUUACCUGGCUGUGGAUGACAUUGAGACAGACACAGAGCUCCUGAUAGGCUACCUGGACAGUGAUAUGGAGGAAGAGGAAGAGAAAGAAGAGGAGGAGGUUGUCAAAGAUGACGACGAAAACAGCAAAGAUGCAAAGCAUCUUGUCGAAAUGGAGCUAGUCAUAAAGAAAGAGGACCACCCCUGCUUGUUGUGUGAGAGCAGCUUUCCCAGCGAGGAGAUCCUGGCCGCCCACCUCCAGAGUCUGCACCAGAGGCCCAGCACAGAGGAGAAGGAGUUCAAAUGCAAAAACUGUGGCAAGAAGUUCCCCAUCAAACAGGCUCUGCAGCGCCAUGUUUUGCAUUGCUCGGAGUCAGUGGACCCGUCAGGUGACUCUAAAGCACGCCAGUGCUCCCUCUGCCACAACACGUUCAGCUCAAUAUCCAGUUUUGAGCAGCAUAAGGAAGCCUGUAAAGGAGAUGCCAGGUUCAUCUGUAAAGCAGAAAGCUGUGGCAAAAGAUUCAAGAGCAAGGACGCUCUGAAGAAGCAUAAAGGAAAUGUUCACACAGGGAGUGCACGUCGGAAACUCACAUGCACCAUAUGCAACAGAAAAUGCUCCUCCUCUCUGAAUCUACAAGAACACAGAAAGGUACAUGAAAUACUUGAAUGCCAUGCGUGUGACAAGAAGUUCAUCUCCACAAAUCAGCUGAAACGUCACAUGAUCACACACUCAGAGAAGCGACCGUAUACCUGUGAGAUCUGCAGUCGCUCCUUCAAGCGCCUGGACCAGGUGACGGCUCAUAAGAUCAUCCACAGCGAGGACAAACCAUACAAAUGCAAGCUGUGUGGCAAAGAGUUCGCCCACCGCAACGUCUACAAGAAUCACAAGAAGACCCACUCUGAGGAAAGACCCUUCCAGUGUGAGGAGUGCAAAGCUCUGUUCCGCACCCCCUUCUCUCUGCAGCGUCACUUACUCAUCCACAACAGUGAGAGGACAUUCAAGUGUGACCAGUGCGACGCCACCUUCAAGAGGAAGGACACGCUCAACGUCCACAUCCAGGUGGUGCACGACGGCCACAAGAAGUAUAAGUGCGACCUGUGUGAGAAGGCCUUUGUCACUCCUUCAGUCCUCAAGAGCCACAAGAAGACACACACAGGGGAGAAGGAGAAGAUCUGCCCGUACUGCGGACAAAAGUUUGCCAGCAACGGCACGCUAAGGGUCCACAUCCGCAGCCAUACAGGUGAGCGUCCAUACCAGUGCCCCUACUGUGACAAAGCGUUCAGCAAGAACGAUGGCCUGAAGAUGCACAUCCGCACACACACUCGUGAGAAGCCGUAUAAAUGCAGCGAGUGCAACAAAGCCUUCAGCCAGAAAAGAGGACUGGACGAGCACAUGAGGACCCACACAGGAGAGAAACCUUUCCAAUGUGAUGUGUGUGACCUGUCAUUCAGCUUGAAGAAGAUGCUCAGCAGGCACAAGCUUACACACAACCCGAACCGGCCCAUGGCAGAGUGCCAGCUGUGCCAUAAGAAGUUCACCAGGAACGACUACCUCAAAGUACAUAUGGAGAAUGUCCACGGGGAGACGGAGAGCUAGAGCCAAUUAUGGAACCACUGGCUGAGAAUGAUAUCUGAUUCCUCGGAUAAAGUUCAGUCCCAUGCUUCAUGCAACCAGUAUGGCCUACACAUACUAUACACAGAUGGAUAGAUAGCAGAAAUGUUGUUAUUAAAGAUACAUACAUGUCGAAUAUGGAAAACAUUUGGUAUUUCGAAAUUGAAACAUAGGCUGUACAUUUGUAAUUUUUUUGUCAUACUGUUCGGAUAUUGUUUUGGAUAUUCCCAGAUAUGUUUGAGCUGCCUCCAGAGCCGCUGUGUCUGUCUCUCCGACUUCUAACCAGUGUUACUGUUCGUACUGUCACAGCCUGACCUCUUCCACCGUAGCAUUUACUGACCAACUGUCUGAACACAUUACUGUACACCCAUGGCCAGUCGCCAUGUGCCAAAAAACACCUGUGAGCACAUUUUCUGUAGUUUUACCUGUACGCUUCCUACAUGUUUACACCUGUUUGUUGGCGCCCAAACAUGUUUAAUAUUUAGACUCUGUUGCGCCCUCGAGCACACUUCAAAACCAUGUUGCUCCAUUUAUUAUUUCAAAAUAAAAGUAUUAAAACAGGAUGGCUGAGCAGGAGACGGAGAGAAGUGGAGCGCUAAAAGCACAAAUGCUAACCAGCUACAAAAUCUGAAACAGCUCACAAGUUAAAUAUUUUAUUUACAGAGUAGCCAGAGAGUAUAAACAUACUGUCAUCAGUCUUUCAUGCUCCUUUUUUUUACCGCUCUACAAGGGCUCUCAUUUUUAUAAAAGUUAUGAACGGUUCCAAGAAAAGUUGCACGGGAAAGUUUCAUGUUUUGUCGUACUAAUGGAUGCUUGAUUCAAACUGUUUUCAGGUACUGUAUAAUCUGGUAGACGACUUCAUAACUGUUGGACCUGCAGGGAAAGUUCAGAUUUUUAGUGGGGUUGUAUGAUGUACUUACCUGUAGUCACUGUGUUACAUACAGGAGAUGUCAGUCAACAUGCUGCCAGUUUAGAGAAGCAGGCUGGAGUGAGGAGGGAGCAGCAACAAAAAGUAUUAAGGGUGCUGUCACACCUGCCCUGUUUGGUUCGGUUCAAUCGUAUCUAAGUUUGCUUGGGCAGGUGUGAACACAGAAGUCGCACUCAGGUGUGCACCAAAACGACCGGAUCGAGACCUUCUUGAAGAGGUGGUCCUGGUACAGUAACAAACGAACUCUGGUGCAGUUCAUUUGGUAAUACACUUACUGUGGAAAUGUACCACAUACAACCCUACUUCAAAAAAUGCGAAUCAUCCCUUUAACUUAAGAUGAAAGACUUUCUUGCCUUUAGGUGCUGAAACUGUGUUACUGUUUCUGCGUCCCAGAUUGUAUUAGGGACAAAGAUAAUCCAAAGUACUGUUUGUGUUGACUUUCAUUUAUUGUUUCCUAUGAAUGGCCCAGGGUCAUCGUGCCUUACAGUAUGUUGUAAGUUGUAAUCGUUGGUCAAUACAGUAUUUCAUGUAUUCCACCAGAGGUGCGACUCUGUCCUGUUUCAUGUCCAGACCCAUUUGCUUCCUCGUUUACUGCCCCUGUGAUUAAUGCACACUUUCCAGCUGUUUAUUCUGCAUCUGUAGACUGUGAAUUGUCACUUCACACUUUUGUAUUUUGAAAUGUAUAAAACCUCAUCACCUACCAAACAUCCAUUUCCUCCGCCCGUUCUAAUUAUGUGUUUGCGAACUGUUGACAUUGGGGGGGGGUUGCAAGGAAACGCUCUGAGAGUUGAUUAAAAGUGUUCUCGUUGUUAAUCUAACCCCUGUUCUUGGGUUGGCAGUCUGCUGGGAGUGAGGGCUAAUUAAAGCUUUUUUUUUUCUGAGGCCACAGUCACCACUUGCCUGAUCUGUAAAGCCACACUGUAAAGAGCGCCUCUGAUGGUUUCUCUCUGUGGACGCGGGGACGCUUUCUCACGUCCGUCCCCUGCAGAGGCUCUCUGGUAUCUCUGGAUUCGACUGUGAGAAUCCCACGAGCAGCGGAGUGAAGUGGGAGAGCCGCGAGUCCUUCUCAUCAUCGCUCUGUGAAGUCUGUGA